GAUCUAUGGUACACUGGAACCACUAUAACCUCAAAAAUUCAAAAUCUAGAUUUGAUUUUGAUUUUAUGCAAAAUAAAUAUAUAACAUUUGAAGAGUCCAACAAGACAAUUAAUUAAUCCACUUAUAUAAUCGUGUAGAAAAUCUUCUCAUAAUAACUACUUUUAAUUUAAAAAUGACUACUCCAGGGGAAAUGAGCGAAGCUGAUCAAAUUAAAACUUUCAAAGAUUUUCUAAUGCAGUACAACAAGUUAUCAGAGCUGUGUUUCAAUGAUUGUGUUCAUGACUUUACAUCUAGAACAUUGAGAUCUUCAGAGGAUAAAUGCACUGUGAACUGUAUGGAGAAAUAUUUAAGAACAAACCAGCGUGUAUCACAGAGGUUCCACGAAUUCCAAAUGUUAGCCAAUGAAAAUAUGUUAGCAUUGGCACAAAAGUCGUCUAAUCCCAGCUGAGUUUAUGUAUGUUGAAAUAGGUUAUUUAUAUUAUUAGUUGUUUUAGCCAAAGUUCGGCAAUAAAUUAUUG